AUGGAAAGGCUGUGUUCUGACUGUUGGCUUUCUCUCAAUGCAGAGGAAGGAGACGUCAGGAAUCGGUUUGUCAGACGAGACUCCCUACAGACCCUCACUCGGCGAAGAGUCAGCGUAACACUAAUCCCAACGGGGUCCCAGCUCAGCGACCUAGAAACCAAGUUCCAGGAGGGUUGCAGGGCCGGUGCUGACACUGACAGCCAGGGGCCAGAAGUAGGCAGUGUGAACCAAGCCAGCAGGCCCUCUGAGAUGAUGUCCCCCCUGGCAAUCCCAUCUCCCCACUCCACCCUCCUCAUCAGACAGAGCUCCACACAGAGCUCCCAGAGCCUGGAGGACGAGAGCGAGAGAGCCCCUCACACCAGUUCCCUGCAGAUGACGCUACGUCACAGGCGGAGAUCUGCUGUCCUGGAGUGUGAUGCCGAAGCCGAGGGGUCAGGGGUGGAGUCAGCAACGGGGUCAAUAGCUGGCACAGCCGAGCCCAAUGAGCUCUCUAUGGCCGAAUCAGUCAUCACCUCAGAGCCGCUAGUGGUUCUGUCAGAGCAGAAUCCCCGAGCUUCCUGGCUGUCUUACUGUCGCUGGGUCCUGGUGGUACUGCUCCUCCUGGCUCUCUCUUUCUUCAUCUUGCUGGGGUUCCUACUCUGGGGCCUGAGGGUUCCUCACCACAGCCCUAGCUUCUGACAUCUCACUUCUGCAGCACUGUCUCAGCUCUACACCACAGGMUUCUGGGUUCCACAGUCUGUGAUCUAAGAAAUGACUCCUGUACCACUGUUCUGAGCUACCCACCGCCUCCAUGGACUAGGCCCACACUACCUGCGAUAAUGUGUUGAACAAAUUGCUUGCACUCUAUCUGUGUUAUGAUGGAUGUKAUAUUAUUUGUGUUGUCAGCUGUGCAUGACAAAUAACAUGAAAUGAACAAAAUWGAUUUUUGUAUCUGUGUUUAAAUCCAAAUCAAAUUYUAUUCGUCACGUGCUUUGUAAACAYCAGGUGUGGACUAACAGUGAAAUGCUUACUUACAGGUCCUUCCCAACAAUGCAGAGAGAAAGGAAAUAGAGAAAUAAUAGAAAAGCCAAGCAGGUAAUAAUAGAUACGAUAACUUGGCUAUAUACAAGGGUACCAGUACCGAGUCGAUGUGC